CCCACCCCUCCUCUCACCCGUCCUCCCUCUCCUCCUCUCACUCCUCCUCCCUCUUACUCUCUCUCUCUCUCUCACGCUCUCUUUCUCGCAGUCUCUCUCACUCUCACUCUCAUUCUCACUCUCACUCUCACUCUCUCUUUCUCGCAGUCUCUUCCCUCCCCCAGAGACAUCUCAAGCAACUCCAUCCUCCCUCGCUCUCCUCCCCACACAACAUACAAGCCAUGUUCGGCAUGCAGUCCAUGAUGAUACCCAAGGCCACAAUAGUCACCGACGAAAUCUCCUCCGCCAGCUCAAUCAAGAGCGGCAAGAGCGGCAAGAGCAACAAAAGCCUCCCCAAAGACACCGACACAAACAGCGACACACAAAACAGCUCCACCACCAGCAAGCUCGUCGGACUCUUCAAGAGCAACAGCAUCAGAAGCGGCAGCAUAUCCUCCGGCACAUCCGCCGCCCCCACUUCGAGCCCCCAUCAGCACGACAUGGGAGUUCUCACGGAAGAAAAUCACCAACCAGUCGAUCUCGAUAGCUACCGCCAAAGUCUUCAAUGGCUUCAACAGACGUGUCGGCCCGUCUUCAUGAAGGAGCUGAUGCAGGUCAGCAGCGUGCCCGUCCCCAUCACAGCCAACAACGCCAAGCACUCCGAUAUGAUCGGAGGCAUCCAGCAAGUGCAGGUCGCUACUUGGAAGCAGUGCCAGGUCCAGGUUGUUCCGGUCGACAAGUGGGGUUCCCCACAGGAUGUCCUUCAUGAGAUCCAAGCCCUACAUAGGCUACGUAAAUGCCGGCAAAUCAUCCAGCUGUAUGGCUAUCUCCCAAAUAUAUCCACCACUGCGAACUCAAGUCAGAUUCCAGCCCUUCUACUCCAGCAGCCCAACUAUGGAUCUCUCCGCCAGUUCCUCGAUCACCACUUUGAUUCUAUCCAAUGGCCUGAGCGCUACAAACUAGCUCUUGACAUUGCCCAGGGCCUUCGGUUCCUGACAUCACAAGGCGUGCCUUGUACAAUGCACUCUGGAAACAUUCUCAUCGACAAUGAGGGUGUUGCCAUCCUCACAGGAUUUGGUAUCCCAGCAGGCCUCAUCACCGCGGCACCAUGCCAAAUGACGGCCCAGCCUUCUCCAUCCUCAUUACUGGUCUAUAUGGCGCCCGAAAAACUCCAGGGCAAAAAGGAUCAUUCACCUGACUGGGAGGUGUAUUCGCUCGGUAUCCUGCUCUGGGAACUGUCCUCAGGACGGAUUCCUUUUGAUGAGAUCAUUGCACGCGCCGAAGCUGGUCCUAGGCUCUCCAAGAACAUGGAGCAAUUGUCUUCAGCCAUUGUAAAGGGCCUUCGCGAGGAGACGAUUGCUGGCACACCCGAGAUCUACGAGCAGCUCUACAAGAUGUGCUGGGAGGGUGAAGCAGAGUCGAGGCCACCGCUUGAGGUUGUUGAGGAGACUUUGCAGAUGCUUGUUGUUGUUGAGCCGAUGGAUAUGCUGAUGUUACCUGGAGAAGAAAUGGGUAUGUCUGUGGCCACUGUCGUCUCUGAUAGUAUUGACGCCGACGCUCUCAGCACAUACACACGGUCAAACAGCACCCGCUCUAGCUCACCCGGCCCUAGUCAUGUGCGUUCCUUUACUCGUCCACAAACCCUCCAUCAAGCUGUCAGUGUUUCCAACCCAGACAUGACGGAGUGGUAUAUUCUCUCUGGGCACGACAUCAAUGGAUACGCGAUCGUGCCAACAUACUCGCUCGAGUGCGAGAUUACGCCCGUCCAGACAUGCGUCGGACAUUUCCUUCCCAGCUCGCUCCCUAUUCUGAAAGAGCUCAUGGAUCAGGAUGCCGAUAUUUCUCUCCUCGCUAAGCGAUCCGAACAGAACUGCCUGCAUAUCCUCCUGGACCGCUAUAUACCCUUUAAGAACGAGAAUGACUCGGCGCAUCUAUUUGCAGCACUUGAAAUGCUUCUCGAGGCUGGCGCAGAGGUGAAUGCCAGGGAUGUCCAGGGUUACACACCCUUGCACCUGCUAAUGAAAAACCCCAAGAUCUCGCCCGAGGACGUGGUCGAGGUCAUGAACAGGAUGGUGGCCAAGGGAGCCGAUACGUCGAUCCAAGCGCCCCGAGACGGCAAUGUGUUGUCACUGGCAGCCAAAUACCUGCAUUUCGAGGCUGCUCGCACAAUCUUGAACACCGACGUCCUUGCCUCUGAGCCCGAAUCGAUCGACCGUGCGAUCGAGUCCUGUAUGACGAUGACAGGUCGUGCAACAGACAAGUUUGUCAACCUGAGGACGAAGACAAGGGAGCUCCUUAAGUUGUGGACGGGCAAGGCUGGUGCACCAAGGCGAGAGAAGGUUGUCGUCAAGGUUCUCACGGAGGCGGGACAGCUGGACCCGACGGGACUGCGCGCCAAGGUCAAGCCCGUGCGCCUGGCACCGCAGAUACAGCUGGACUGCGCCAACCGCUAUUAUGAUCUUCAUAUCAAGAAGAAGCGGGAGAUGAUACUGCAUAAUAUGGGCGGCAUGCAAGGGAUCUUCCGAUAAAGACGUAGAUCGUCUUCAGAUUCAUACAGACAUACACACACAUACACACACACACACACACAUCCUUCCAAUAUCUUUUGCAUGUCCCACCAUUUUCCCACACACACACACACACACACACCCCAUUCAUUACAUGUCAAGUAUAUAGCGCCGAACCUGCAUGGAUAUAUGAA